AUGACAAUGGCUUCUGGAACUCGCCCAGUUGGUUGCUACCCUAGCAACCCUGCAGGGGUCACUCGAGAGUACAAAUUAGUGAUGCUGGGUGCUGGAGGUGUGGGGAAGAGCGCCAUGACCAUGCAGUUCGUCAGCCGCCAAUUCCCAGAAGACCAUGACCCCACCAUUGAAGACGACUAUAAAAUACGGGUUCGUGUUGAUGACGAACCUGUCAAUCUGGACAUUGUGGAUACAACGGGACAGGCAGAGUUUACAGCCCUGCGGAAUCGCUACCUGAGUGCAGGAGAAGGAUUUAUCAUCUGUUAUUCUGUCACAGAUCGCCAAAGUUUCGAUGCAGUUCGGGAGUUUAAAGAGCUUAUUGAUCAAGUCGGACAUACUAACGAUACACCUGUGGUUCUUGUCGGAAACAAGUCUGACCUAAAACAGCUAAGACAGGUCACCAAGGAAGAAGGAUUGGCUCUGGCCCAGGAAUUCAGCUGUCCAUUCUUUGAGACCUCUGCUGCAUACCGCUGCUACGUUGAUAAUGUCUUCCAUACACUUGUACAGGAGAUCCGAAGGAAAGAAAAGGAGGCAGUGCUGGACGUAAAGAAAAAAUCCAAACCCAAAAGCAAUAUAUGGAAGAAGAUAAAAUCCCCGUUCCAGAAGAACAAAGAUUCGGUAGCUUGAAAGGAAGAAGUAAAGUGUUCAUCUGUGAACCGCAGUGCUUGAUCAAAGCCGCCCAGUAGCCUGCAUUAGUGAACUUGGUGCUUGCUCCUUUCUCCUGCUUUGACCAUUAUUUUAAAAAUAACUAUGAAGGGGGCAUGGCGUUUUCAAUUAUAUGGUAUUUAAAGUAUUGUCUCUUAGUUGAUUUCUGAUUUAUUAACCCAGUGA